CUUUUUUUUUUUUUUAAAUAAAGCGCACAAGAGGGGAGAGCUGAAGGAGACCGCUGAAGCAGGCAUACACUAAAAAUGAAGAACAUCGCGGUGCUUCUCAUGGGUUGCGGAGGAGUUGGGCGUCAGCUCCUCCAACACAUUGUGUCUUGCCGAUCCCUUCACUCAAAGCACGGUGGCUGGUUUUGCAAAUUUCGGCUUGGUGGUGGGCAAUUCCUAUGCUAUGGAAUCCGCUUGAGAGUUGUGGGAGUAUGUGAUAGUAAAUACUUAGUUGUUGCCCCGGACGUGUUCAGCAUGGAGUUAAGUGAUAAACUUUUGUUGGAAGUUUGUCGGGUCAAGUCCGAUUCUUCAUCCCUGUUGACUCUAAGCAGUUCUGGUGAAUGUCAAGUAUUCACGGAUUCUGAAUUAACAAAGAAAAUAGUAGACGCUACUGCUCUCUUGGGUACAGGCUUGGCUCUAGUGGAUUGCUCUGCGAGUUCUGAGACUAUUGGAGUGCUUAAUCGAGCUGUGGAUUUGGGCUGUUGCGCUGUCCUGGCAAAUAAGAAGCCUGUUACUUCUAAAAUGGAGGAUUACGACAAGCUUGUCUCACACCCUCGUCGUAUUCGGUAUGAAUCAACAGUUGGUGCAGGGCUUCCCGUCAUUGCAUCCUUAAACCGCAUACUUUCAUCUGGAGAUCCCGUUUAUCGUAUUAUUGGGAGUUUGAGUGGCACAUUGGGAUAUGUAAUGACUGAGGUUGAAGAUGGAAAGCCGUUUAGCCAAGUUGUUAAAUCUGCUAAAAGUAUGGGCUACACAGAACCAGAUCCACGUGACGACCUCAGUGGGAUGGAUGUUGCAAGAAAGGCUUUGAUACUUGCCCGACUUCUUGGCUCGCGCGCGAACAUGGACAGCAUUAAGAUUGAAAGCUUGUAUCCUGAAGAAAUGGGACCCGAUGUAAUGUCUGUUGAAGAAUUUCUCGACAAAGGGGUUUUAUUGCUUGAUAAAGAUAUUCAAGAAAGAGUUCACAAGGCUUCCUUGAAUGGAAAUGUUCUGCGUUACGUCUGUGUGAUUGAGGGGUCAAGGUGUGAAGUUGGCAUUCAAGAGCUUCCAAAGAACUCUCCUUUAGGAAGACUUAAAGGAAGUGACAAUGUGUUGGAGAUAUACAGCCGCUGCUAUAAGGAAAAACCGCUGGUUAUCCAAGGUGCCGGAGCAGGGAGCGACACUACAGCAGCUGGUGUCCUUGCUGAUAUCCUUGAUCUUCAGGAUUUGUUUCCUUGAAAGUAUUUUUCUCUAUAGGUCAUCAGUUGAAGAAAACCACAUUCCCAGUUUCAACACCCAGUUUCCACAGGUAGUCAGGUACUGGUAAAACUCUCAAGAGUUCAUCGAUUUCUAGUAGAGUUCACCAUGCCAGGCUAUAAAUCUAAUACUUGUGAGGAGGUGGUCCCUUUAGAAGUUAGUGAGGAACAUGAAAAUUUUGGUUAUUUUGUUAGAGAUGUCUUUGCUUCCGCUGAAGGAGAUUGGAGUAAUGGGUCGGGGUGUGGAGGAAACAAUUUAAAAAUAUGAUUUACAUUCUUGAUCUUCAAACUGCCAUGUUUUCUUAAGCAGUCAGUGAUUUAUUUUUAUUUUAUCUUUUGUUCCAAGUAGAAUGGCAAUUACUUGUGUCUGUUUAUGUAGUUUAAUAUUUCUGCAGUUAAGCAAGUCCAAUGUGCAAACUGGAUUUGCACAUUUUUUCUUGGGUUUAA